AUGGCGCAGAUCCGCGGUACGGCUGGCUACCACCUGGGCAACCAGAGCCCCUUCGGCAAUGCGGGACGCAGCGAUGGCAACACAAACGACCCCAGCCCGCUGGAUGCGAUCCGCGAGCAGACGAGCAAGAUUGAGGACUUCCUUGAUACUUUGUCGGAACCUGUGAAGCCAUACUUGCCCGCAGUGGGCCGCUUCCUGAUCGUGGUAACUUUCCUAGAGGACGCCCUACGAAUCAUCACCCAAUGGAAAGAUCAACUUACCUACCUACGCGACUACCGACACAUUCCUACUGGCAUCACACACCUGUUUCUGAUCGUAAACGUCAUCGCCAUGACGGUCUGCUCCGUACAAAUCAUUACUCGCAAACACUCCGAUUAUGGUGUUAUUGGGCUUAUUGGUGUGGUCAUUCUUCAAGGAAUUGGAUACGGCCUCGUCUUCGACCUGAACUUCUUCCUCCGCAAUCUGUCCGUUAUGGGUGGACUCCUCAUGGUAUUGUCGGACUCGUGGGUACGCAAGAGGUUCGCUCCCGCUGGCCUUCCCACACUCGAUGAAAAAGACAGGAGGAUGUACUUCCAGCUCGCUGGUCGUGUUUUGCUCAUCUUCCUCUUCGUUGGCUUCGUCUUCCGGGGAGACUGGAACUUCUGGAGGAUCAUUGUCAGCUUGAUUGGCUUCGUGGCCUGCGUCAUGGUCGUGGUUGGAUUCAAAGCCAAGUUCAGCGCCAUCAUGCUGGUUGUGAUUCUGAGCAUCUUCAACAUCCUGGUGAACAACUUCUGGACGCUUCACCCGCACCACCCGCACAAGGACUUCGCCAAGUACGACUUCUUCCAGAUCCUCUCCAUCGUUGGCGGUCUCCUCCUUCUGGUAAACAUGGGCCCUGGGCAAUUCUCCGUCGACGAGAAAAAGAAGGUCUAUUAA